UUUCCUUUUCACGAUCCGACGGCGUCGUACGGUCGUGUAGUCGGCAGUCGCCUAGUCUAGUUCUCUAGUAGUCUCGUCAGUCGUCUCCACCGUCGUUAAACGUACACUCGAGUACGCGUAUUUUUUAUUAUCAUUUUGUUUUAUUGUUUUCUUUUUUUAUUAUUAUUAUUUUCUACGUUUCUCUCGGCGAGUGUUGUCCGCGUUCUUUGUGUCCGCCGCCGCCGCCGCCCAUGCAGUGUCACUCCUCCGCCAUGGCGUCCGAUUCGCGUCUGUGAUAUUCGACGUCACCGGAUUUUGCGUGUUCCACAUCGCGACCUACCUCCUUGCGUUUCUCGUUCGUAAAACAAUAAUCGUCUAUUGUAACAUAUUUAUAAUAAAUACACUCGCGUAUUUACACCCAAACCCCUCUAUUCUAUCUAUAUAAUAUACUGUAUAAAUAAGUAUUUGUAUUUGAUAUUAUUUUAAUAUUAAAACCUAACGAGACACAAUGGAAGGCAGCAGUAGCAGCAGUAGUAACAACGACGCGGGCGAGCCCAAAUCCGGGUGCUGUACCGCCGCGGUGGACAACAACAAUGACGUGGUGACUGCCGCGGCCGCGGCCGCAGCUGCCAAGGUAGCGAGAAGAGCAGCCGCCGUUGUGGCGGCUAAACGAGCGGCGAAAUCUCGUACCUUGGAUAUGGAAAACAAGCAGUACCUGGACUUACAGGCCGAGAUAGAAAGGCGGAAGACCUGGGGGACGACAGGCGACAACUACCAGGCUGGCCCAAGCGGUACGGCCGAAGACCGCAGCAACUUCGAUAAGGACCCCGAGGGAAGGAUCUUCGCCGCUGCCGUCCAAGCCGUUAUGGCCAACCGUGCGGCGAGGGAGUCCGAGAUCACGAUCACCGUCUCACCGACCACCGGCGGUCAGUUCGAUCUGGAUGUGCUCAAGACCGAUUCGGUAGAAAGCCUGAAGAAAAUGAUCUCCAAACGGUUGAGAGUGCCCAAAGAGCGGAUAUGCCUGUUGUAUCGCGAGAGGCAACUUAGAGAUGGCUCGUUGGACGACAACCAGUUGAUGCAAGGAAGCCGCCUCACCCUAUUGCCCAGCGUGGAAACCGGUCUUCUGGUUCAGAGACCAGAACAAAGUGUGAUGCAGGCGUUGGAAAGUUUGAACGACUCUCAGGUCAACGAUUUCCUAUCGGGCAAAGCACCUUUAAACCUUACAAUGAGACUGGGUGAUCACAUGAUGCUCAUCCAGCUACAACUAUCAACCGUGUCGUCGUCAGGUUCGUCGAAACGACUGCAGACCGCCGCCUCCACCGUGGCCAGCACCGGUGCAGCGGCAGCCACACUGAACGCGUCAACCGUGGCGCCCGAACCACCUCAGGCCACAGCGACGGCGGCCACCGCGUGUUCUGCCGGCAACAUCAUCGGCACCCCUAGACUGAUCCCCGGCGUGGACGCUUAUCCGAUCACUCGUGUUCGUAACGUAUCCGACGACAGCGACGACAACUCGAUGGAUACGACCGAGGACGUGUCACCUCCGGCCCCGUCACCAAUAGUCGCCGCGGCUGCAGCAGCUGCCGCAGCAGCAGCCGCCACAGCUGCAGCCGCCGCAGCCGCAGCCGCAGCAGCAGCAGCAGCCGCCGCCGCUGUACCCACGCCCGCACCGGCGGUGGCGCCUUGUUCGUGCGACGCGAGCACGUCUACCGCGUCACCAAACACGGCCACGGCCACGGGAGACAAACCGCAACUGGACACCCGAGCGCUCGCCGAGGCUUCGCGGAACCUCACUCAGACCCUAAAACAACUGUCUUCGGAAGUCCUCACCACGAAAAGCGGUUCCAAAGAGAUGCACAUUGGGUUCAAACGAAGACCAGGUGCAAUAAUCGAGAGCAUGCAACAUCACGGCAAAGGCGUUUACUCUGGAACAUUUUCUGGCACCUUAAAUCCAGCCUUACAAGAUCGCUUCGGCCGUCCAAAACGUGACAUUAGUACGAUUAUUCACAUACUUAAUGAUUUACUAUGUGCUACACCACAGUACAGAGCUGCUGCUAGAUCAGGCACACCAGCUGUCUGCACAGCCACUACACUUUCUCCUACUGCAGCAGCUGCUCAAGCUGCUACACCAUUUGCCACAGCAAAUAGUAUGUCCGCUCAAACGUCUGCUAAUUCUGAUAAUACCGAGAGUGAGACCAAAGAAAAUGCAGCUACCCGUGGAAAAAUGGAACGCUUACGUUUGAUUAUGGAAGAGAAACGUGAAAGACGUAGGGCAGGUCGCAAUGUGCCUUAUGAUAAAACUAAAGCAGGGACACAGUGGUCCGCGAAAUCAGAAACACAGAGUGUUGCUCCAUCAGAUCCUCCUGCAGACCCAACAUUACCUCCUGAACAAGUUGUUGUCUGAAAAACAGCUCCUGAGGACAUGAAUAAUAUGUGAUAUAAAUAAUUAUCCCCACCACUGUUUUAAUUUUUUUUUUAAUAUGUAUAUUAUAUAUUUAUAUAUAAUGACGUAUAAUAUAUUAUAUAUAUAUAUAUUAAUACAUAUACAUUUAUGAAAAUAGAUUUAUCAACAAAUAUGGUCAGUUAUACUUUAGGGUGCAAUAUUAAUAUUGAUUAAUUAUACAGGUAGAGCCUUCUUUAAAUAUAGUAGAAUCAUCACUUAAUCUGUACCAGACAAUUUUUUUUCUAAUUUAUACGACAUAAAAACUGAACAGUAAAUAGACAAAUUUAAAAUCAAUCGUCCAUUACAUUAAAAAAAAUAUAUUUGUAAAGAAACUGUAUAGUCUAAUGUUUAUAUUUAUAAAUACCUAAUUUGUUUUAAGUGAUUUUUUUUUAGGAAGUUUAAAUAUCAGAUGAUAAGAAAACAAAUUGCGAUUUAUUACCUCAACUUCGUGAAUAUAUAAAUUUGUAGAUGUUUUUAGAAUUUUAAAUAGAUACUGAAUUUUGUCUCAUCAUAUUUUAAUGACAUAUUAUAUAUGUGUACAUAUUAUCAUAAGUCACGCGUGUCUGGUUAUUAGUAUUCGUAUGGUUAAUGAAAUUGAUAAAAAAAAAAAAAAAAACUAAAAAAAAUGCUUAAA